CAUAGGAGGGGGGAGAGGGAGAGAUCGAAUUGGGGUUGUUAGGGUUUGGUUAGAGGAUGUUGACGUCGUGGUAUGAAGUGGAUGAGUCUCCGGCGAAGAAGCCGGAGUCGACGUCAGAGGAGUCGGAGGAAGAUGAUGACGAUUUUUGCGGGGGUGGUGAUCGGUCAGAGGAGUCGGAUGGUCAGUCAGAGGAGUCGAAGAAAGAUCUUGACGAUAUUUUCGGGGACGGUCUCCACGAGAUGACCGACCAAGAGUGGGCCAUAUACGAGGAAGCUGUUGAUCGCAGCGAUGGAUUUGAUGUUCCUCUGUUACCCAAUGUUUUCGCUAUCGGUAUCAUCCAACCGGCUGACAGCGGUUGGCCCGCUGAGGAUAUUCGUGAAUACGCCGAGAUUGCCAUCGAGGACCAAAACGAGAAGAGAAAGAAAGAGGGUGGCAAUCAACUCCGGCUUAAAGAAGUCAUCAAGUGUAAUUUGCAGCCUGCUUGCCCCGCCAACUUUUACAUAACUUUAAAGGCCGAAGAUGCCGACACCGGCCACGUCGAUGAAUAUGAAGCCAUGGUGAAGGCUCGUUGCGGAAAGCAGAAAGACGAGGUUCAUAUCUUUAGGAAGAAAAACAAACCGGCUAUUAUUAAUCCACCAGCGUCGACGGAGCAUGGACCAAGUGACUCAGAUUGUGCAGUUGAGGACCCAGGCAAAAUUUGUGAGUCCAGAAGUUGGGACCGAGGGGAGACAAAAAGGAGGAGACUGUGAAGGACGAGAAUGGGGAUUCUGAGAUAUGGUUUUUUUAGUAGGUUCAUGUUGAUAUCUUAUUUUGGCUUAUUGGACAGUCUGGUUAUAUUGUAUAUGUGGCAUGUUAUCUUUUAAAUGAAGGCUUGUGGUGAAUCCGGGACCUUCUCUUGUGGAUUUUAUGCUAGAACUCUUGUAUUGUCGGACUAUUUAAGAAAGAUCGUGUCUAGUUAUGUUGAA